CCUACCCCUACCCCUCCCCCCCGUGCCACGCCAUGGGUGCAGCUUCUGCCGUCAAGCCGUUUUUGUGGGCCAGCGGCUGCGUGGCACCGGAGGCAUUUCGGUGCCUGUCCCGAGAGGUCUCGUCUCUGGGGUCGCUCCCAUCGGUGACGCGCCUGGAGGGACCGCUGCGGCGCCUGGGCGAGGCUUCUGAGUUGAUGGUGGAAGUUGACUUCGAGGCGGUUGGAUCAUCGGCUCUGUGGUCCCUGCGUCUCUACUUCUCAGAAGCGGGUGUCCUGGCGCGCUGGCUGCUUCCUCCUCAGGGGCCAGCAGGUGAGGAGGUUCAGCUGGAAGCCUUGCACAGAAUGCAGAGCACCUCCUGGCUGCAGGUAGUGCGUGCCUUCGAUGACAUCGCUUCGGGGAUCGCCGCCGCCGCGCCGAGGCCGAGGCUCACACCUGGCGCGGAAAUGGCUCGGCGAGGGGCAGCGCUCUAUGAGAAGCCCUGGGUGGAAUUUCUGGAUCCUAGCCUCAAGCGCCUACUUCGGCGGCUUCAGCAGGGCCUGGUGGAGCCUCAUAGGUCCUGCAAGCGCUGCCUUGGAUACCGCCCGCAAGCCUUCCAUGCCGGUGUCAGUGUCGGGCGGCGGCUUCUAGAACGGCUGCAGGUCAAGGAGAUCAGCAGCGGUGUGUACUCAUUCCCGGCUUUGAGCCCCGAGUUUUGCCGGCUGCUGUUGGCAGAGGUGUCCCACUUCCGUGGCCUGCAGCGGGCCAACUCCAUGCACCGCUUCGGCGGGGUCCUGGCCGAGAUGGGCCUCGGCUCCCGGGUGGCGGAGUUCCAACGCCAGGUGCUGCAGCCUUUGGCGCGGCGGCUUUUCCCCGGUGUGGGGGACGAGUUGGAGACAUUCCACGCCUUUGUGGUGCGCUACAUGAGGGAUCGAGACGUGGAGCUGGCGCCCCACCGGGACGAUGCGGAGGUGACCUUCAACAUGGCCCUGGUGCAGCGGACCCGGGGCUGCAGGUUGGUCUUCUGCGGCCUCAUGCAGGAUCGGGACGUCCACCAGCACCGGCUGAGCCACCAGUUUCCAGGCGAGGGGUGGGCGGUGCUUCACCUCGGGCGACAGGUGCACGCGACGGAACCCAUCAUCCAGGGGGAGCGCAGCAACCUGGUGAUUUGGAGCCGCAGCUGGGCAUGGCGAGCCGCAGGUGGGGAUGGCCAGCUUCCGACGGUGCCUCCUGAGAUGCCAGGGCACGCCAUGUGCGGCAGGGCAAAAGUAUCGGGCUUUGACGCCAUCUUUGCUUGCCCCUUUGGUUGCCAUCCUGCAUGUUGUUUUCUGCUCAAGGCGUAUUGGAGCAGUCAUGGUAAUAAACCUCAGCACCCGUGCAAAUCCAAGUUUUUCAACCAACUGCUGCCACGGACCCCCACAAACACACCUGCCAAACACACCUCCAACAAUGGUCUACUUCAGCCGUUCCCAAAGUGUGUCUGA